AGUUUUUACUUUACAUUUUUACUGGCGUGAGUGGUUUCUUCAUAGUUAUUGGUGUUUGAAAAUUUUGUCGAAGACAUUUAUGUUUAUAAUUUUAUGAAUACGAACUACACGAAACAUAAUUUUAAUAUUAUAACAAAUACUUAAAACUAGAAAUGGAUAGACCGCCGCCGAGAGGACGUGGGGCCCUUAUGGCUGCACUUAGAGUUCAAAAAGAGAAGGAAACUACUGAAAAAUCUGUAGGCAUUGCACCAGAACCUCCAAAGCCAACACAAGCCAGGGGACGUUCUGCUAGUCUUUUAAAACUUUUAGCUGCCAAACCAGGACCUUCAGUAGAAAGUGCAAAUGACGCAAAUAAACCUACAUCAAGUGUUUCAACUUCUAAUGUUCCAGUGGUCCCAGAUGCAACAUCUAAAAUUGAUGUUCCAGUAUUCACAUCUAAAGGCAGUGUAGAGGAAAUCACAAGAUCGACAUCUCAAAUGUCCUUUGUUGAGAAGGAACCUGUGUAUUUUCAAGGUGAGGCUGGUAAACCCCUGCGGCUAUCUGUCAAUUACAUUAAAUUAGACUUGGAAAAAGAUAGGGGAGUUUAUGAAUACGAAAUCAAAUUCAAUCCCGAAUUAGAUGCGAAGAAUAAGAGGUUCAGAGCUGCUAAUGGAGUUAUAAAACAACUUGGCAUGGCUAAAGUGUUUGAUGGGGGUAACACCCUCUAUCUUCCCCAACAAAUAACGAGCACAUCUGAAACUUUCACAGUAAACGAUGAGGACAAAACCAUUUCGGUAAAAUUAAUUUUAAAAAAAAAGAAAAAUAUGGCGGAUCAUGACUGUCUUCAUUUAUAUAAUGUGUUAUUUAAACGCAUUAUGAACAAAUUAAAAUAUACAGCUAUUGGUAAAAACUACUUUGAUACAAAUAGCAAACAUUUGGUUCCGCAACAUAAAUUGGAAAUCUAUCCAGGUUUUGCCAUUUCCGUCGAUCAACAAGAGGAUGGGUUGAUGCUGUGUCUAGAUCCACAGCAUAGAGUUUUAAGAACUCAGAAUGCUAACGAACUCCUUCGCGAACUAAGGUCCCAACAUCGAGAUAUUCAAACCUAUCAAAAAGUGGCCAGUGAAUAUAUAAUUGGAUGCUGUGUUUUUACCAAAUACAACAAUAAAAACUACAUUGUCGAUGAUAUUGUUUGGGACCAAACCCCACAAAAUACUUUUCCUACAAGGGACGGAAACAAUAUUUCUUAUGUCGAAUAUUAUAAAAAUCAGUAUAACAUUACUAUAUCAGACUACGAUCAACCCUUGUUAAUUAACAAAAAAGAGGUACCGGUACAGGGAUCCGAACAGAAAGUUGAAAGAGUGGUUUGCCUCAUUCCCGAAAUUACGCAUCUUACCGGACUCACAGAUAACAUGAGGAGUGAUUUUAAGGUUAUGAAAGAUGUCGCUCAAUUUACGCGAGUGACACCAAACCAGAGGAUAGCUGCAUUAAGAAAAUACCUAGAGAACGUGAAUAGGAACGAAGAAGCAAAACAAAUUUUAGCGGAUUGGGGUCUGAGAAUUGCAAACGAUACAUUAAAUGUGAGUGGUCGAAAAUUAGACAAUGAAAUAAUUUAUUUCGGACAGAAUCAACAGUUUCAAACGAACAAUAGCGCUGAUUGGACGCGAGCAUCGGGGGAAAAUCAGGUGACAGGACCAGUUGAUAUGUACAAUUGGAUAGUGUUUCAUACAGACCGAGACAGAAAGUAUGCGUAUGACUUUGGAGAUUUAAUGUGUAGGCUAGGAAAUGUAAUGGGGUGUCACAUUAGUAAACCGAAAAUGGUUAAACUUCCCUCCGAUACAAACGAAACUUACAUACAAGCUUGCCAGCAACAUAUUGAUAAAAAUGUUCAGAUUGUAGUAUUCAUUUGCCCAACGAUGCGGUCAGAUCGAUAUGGACACAUCAAGAAAAUGUGUUGUUCGCAGAUACCAGUACCUUCUCAAGUGAUAAAUUCUAGGACUCUUUCAAAUCCACAAAAAGUAAGAUCUAUUGUUCAAAAAAUCGCGCUUCAGAUGACCUGUAAAUUGGGAGGAACUCUUUGGACGGUAAGAUUCCCCUUCAAAGGUUGGAUGAUCUGCGGAAUUGACGUUUAUCAUGGAAAAAGGUCCAGCUCAGUCUGUGGAUUCGUUUCGAGUCUCAAUGAAAGUGUGUCAAGAUGGUUCAGCACAGCAACGUUCCAGGCAGGAGAGCUUGGAGAUUUUAUGAAAACAGCAUUUAUAAAAGCAUUAGAAGCAACGCGAAAUGCAAAUGGCUACUACCCUAAAAAAGUUGUAAUAGUUAGAGAUGGUGUAGGCGAUGGACAACUGACACACUGUCAAAGAUACGAAGUGAAACAGCUGGAAAGCUGUUUAAAAGAAUUAGAGUUAGACAUAAAAUUAUGUUUUGUGGUUGUACAAAAGAGAAUAAGCACCAGGAUAUUUUCAGUGGGCCACGAAGGUGCAGAGAAUCCUCCCUGUGGUACAAUACUGGACCAUUCAAUAACAAGGCGACAAUUACCAGACUUUUUCCUAGUGCCACAAAGUGUUAGACAGGGUACCGUAAAUCCUACGCAUUAUAUUGUUCUUCACGAUACAUGUCAGCUAAAACCUGAUCAUAUACAAAGACUGUGUUAUAAACUCUGCCAUUUGUAUUACAACUGGCCUGGUACGAUUAGAGUACCAGCUCCGUGUAUGUACGCCCAUAAAUUAGCUUCAUUAGUGGGACAGCACUUGAAGAAACUACCCAGCGCUGCAUUGGCUGAUAAAUUGUUCUAUCUGUAGACAUAUCGUUUGUUAGAAAUUAUGUACUCUAUGGUACCUACUGCCAAAAGAGUAAUUACGUUCAAAUACUGUGUUGGAAACUCUUCCAUUUUACAACUUGACUGGUACGAUGAGAGUACUGGCUCUGUGUAUGGCUAUGUUCUGCGUUGGAUGAUUCAUUGUGCUAUCAGUUGUUAUAAAUUGUGUUUGUUUACUAAAAAUGUACAUUAGUUUUGUUUGCGUGUGAAAUAUAUGUGGAGUUGUGAACUAAAAUUUCGCCUGCGAAAUUAUAUAGAGCCUUGCAAACUAUCCUAAUAUCUAUAGUCUUGUAUCAUAAACUUUAUUAGCUCAUAUAAUAUGGCUUUUUCAGUAUAUUUAGAAGAAGAUACAUCGCCACGUAUUAAUGUGACAAAAAGCCACAUGUGGAUAUAACUAAAAAGAUAAAUGGAAGACGUGAAAAGACAUUUAUUAAGUUUUGAGAUAUUGAGUGAUUAGUUACCUUCUUGUAGCAACGUAUAAUCUAGGAAGCAUUAUUAUAAGCUGUAGUGAUGUCAAUUAUCAUUAAAAUAAUUUAUUCUCAAAAUCCUGGUAUAUAUAAAGAAAGAAACAAUAUUUUUUAUUUUUAGUAUUUGCCCAAGCUUCGUGUGAGUUUAUUUUCAUUUAAAAUUAUCUAUAGAUAAAAAAAUCAAGCGAUCUUUGAUCUUCUUGAUAGACCUGUCGGCCAUCCUUCGCCUAGCAAGUUUUUCUGCCUGAAUGUUGUUUUCUUGUAUUUCGUAUUCUGAAUAUCAUAGAAAUAUUCGUUCGCAUUAUAUCAUAUGUUUUGGUUUAUGAUUAUUUUUAACAGCUUUUGUGACUGACGUGUAUGUCAACGCACAAGAGACCUUUGGUCCUUAACAGUUUAGCUUAUCUUAUAAUGAAGUUGUUUAUAAGGAAUCCGUUGUCCAUUGAAAAAAAAACGGAUGUCUACAAGAUCUUUAAGACUUUGAAUGCGUUUAUCAUCAGUGGAAUCACAACUCGUUAUGAGCAUUCUUCAGAACAAUCUUCAUUCGCCCCUGUCUCUUUCAACUCUUUUCCAUGCUCCAACUACAAUAGAUUUUAAAUCAUCCUCUAAGUUGUCUUCAUACCUAAGUGUCGGUCUUCCUCUGGCUAAUCAUCCCAUCGACCCCGUUUUAAAAACUUUUCUGACUGCGCCACAAACGUUGCUAUUUUAUUUCUCCAUUUUUGGGGUUAUUCUCUCGAAACGAUUAAGCAGUUCUUGACCAUUUUAUUUAAGUGAACACGUUUCUGCACCAUAUGUUAGCAUUGGUUUUAGGUCUACAUUAGGACAGUAUUUCUAUCAUACUUCAUCAUCUACUUUCCAAUGAUAACUGAAUACCAAAUAAACAUUUGUUUUUUAUUCCUAGAUUAUGUCAAUUUCAGUCUUAUAAUAAAAAGUGCUUCUGUCGUUGUAUAGAUAAUGGUGUAAUCAACUUGAUAACCUAUACAAAUUAUUUGUACGUUUUAUGUAUUAUGUAAGUACAAAUUUAAAAUUAAUUUUUAUGUAUACAGUUGCGUAAAAUUAUUUCACAACUUAAUUUUUGUUUAAAGCCGUAACUUGAUUUAAUUUUGUAAUGCUACUUAUAUUACAUAUAAUUUGAUUGGAGUUGCGUAUAUUUCAGUAUGGUCACUUGCCUAUAUUUCUUUUUGUUUUAUAAGUCUUACAAAAAGUUAAUUGUAAGGAUAAGUUUAUACUGAUUUAAUAUAAAUAUGCCAAACAGUGCCCGUCUAGAGUCUCCUCCAGAUUGUUCCUUGAUCCAUAAUACGAAAUUAAUAACUUUUGAGUAACUGGACUGUUAGUUGUUAUGAAGUUUCAGUGAUUUAAAAUAGCAAGCGUGCACCAUUUUGUAACAUAAUUUUAAAGGGGAUCAUAUGGCAAUAAUUACCACAUUUGAAAGUCCAUUUGAAGUCGUUUUCAACAUUAUCUAUACAAUUAUCAAAUACAGCCAGAAAAAUCUCAAAAUAUGCAUUUCGCAACAAGAUUUUGAUUAUUGAAUCCAGUUUCUGACCGAUACAAUUCAAAUUAAUAAUUUUUCUAUAACUGAACUGUUAAUAGGUGUGAUAACAUAUGAGAUACUUUAUUGUUAAAAAUGGCAGAAGAUUUUGUAAUAUUUUAAACGACAUUAUAUAACAAUUU